GCGUAUUAAAAAGUCAAUGCUCCCAACCAAAUUCGUCUAUCUAUCUGCUACAAUGGAUCAAUCUCACGUCCCACUCAGCCUAGAUGACCAAAUCACAGUAGCUACCAGAGCAACACCUGAAGCGAUUCAGAAUCAAAUCUCCAAAAUCCGAGAGGGACUGGGCAACCUAGCUCAAUCCCGUCAUAAAUUAGACCAACUUCAGCGACAAAUUCGCCAAUUCAGACAAGAAUUAGAUAAGCUUGAACAAAGUAUUGCCGAUUCGCAGCGGAAACUGAACAGCUUCAAAACCACCAACGCAUCCUAGAGCUCCUGAAAUUCAAACUUUUGGAACUACUCUGGUUUCAUACUUACCACUAUGCCUACAGGGAGCUUGAAAGAUCAGCUGCCGCAACAUUUUUCUCUAUUCAUCUCUCACCUUACUUUGGGCCUCAUCCUUCUCUCUACGCCUAAUAUACUACAUCGACAAUGGGACUGGCUCGUCAUCGAUGGUCUCGGCGCUUCAUACCACCUUCGCCUGGCUGCAGAGUCAUUUGCAAUAAUCCUCUUGGGCCUUGCGAUUUUUGGUUCCGCCAUCCUACUCGGCGUGCUUCCGGCACUGGUACUCAUCACCAUUGCCCAUGUACUUUGCUGCUUGCCAUGUUCACUACUCAUCUUCUCGUUGGUACUAGCAGGGAUAGGUGCAUAGGCUACAACACAAAGGAAAUUUGCGUAUGACAGGUAUUAUUGGUAUGGUGGCGGGGGAGGGGGUUAUUCAGUCAGUUGCUUGAUUAUUUGUCGUUCUAUAGGGGUAUAUGUACAGUGUAUCUUGUAGGAUACACUCAGCUCUAUUCUUGCUCAUGGUCCUCGCGCGCUAUUUCUUUCCAUCUACGCUAGAUGAAGCACUGUGUUCCUCCAGCCUUCUUUCUGUAUGCAGGC